AUGAAAAUAACAUCUAUCCUGUUGAAAAUUCACAUAUUUCUUAGCAUUAUACUGGCAACAUCCAUUGAUGGACAAUCGGUUAAUGUUGGAAUGCACACAUAUAAUAAUUCAGUCAGUCUUCCAUUACAUUUAUCUAUGGAAAAUAACUCAAGUCAAAAUAACAUGAAUAACAUACCGAAUCAAAAAGACAUGGACAGUGCAGCAUCAAUGUCAAGAAGUGAUGAUGAUGAUGAUGAUGUAGUAAAUCAACUUCAAAUGUCUUCUUUGAUACUUAACAAUUCAUUGGAACAUUUAAAGGAUACUGCACAACAAGGACUUUUACACAAAAACCAACCACCUAAAACAGAAACUUCAGAAAUGGAAGGUAAAAGUAAUAAGAAUUCAGAUAAACAUAACAAUCCAACACAACAGCAAUUUAUAUUACAAAUACAAGGACCAAACCAAAAACAACUUGCAGUUCAAACACAACAUGUAAGUGAUCAAAAUAAAACACCGAUGCGCGUACAAACACAAAUACAAUAUUCUGAGCAGAUAAUUCAACCUAUGAGUGGAACAAAUGAAAGUAAACAGUCAUCAAAUAUAUAUCAAGAGCAAUUUCAACAACCAAUCAACACAUUAGAAACAAACAAAAAAACCGAAAAAGAAAACAACCAAAGCAACAAAAACGGAGAGACGAAAACAGAAAAUGAACACAAGACGAUGACGACGGUCGGACAACCACCAUCUCACAACUCACAAACACCACCACCACCACCACCGCCAGCACCAUUUCCCCUCAUUCCAGUCAUCGGUCCCGUUGUAGACGGGAUCAAUCCAUCUCCUGACCAGAUGAACGCAUCGUCAGUCGAACAACCACCUUCUCACAACUCACAACCACCACCACCAUCACCACUUCCCGCCAUUCCAGUUGUCGGUCCUGAUGCAGGCGUCAUCAAUCCAUCUCCUGACCAGAUGAAUGCAUCGUCAGUCGACCAAACUCCAUCCCACAACUCACAACCACCACCACCAUCACCACUUCCCGCCAUUCCAGUUGUCGGUCCUGAUGCAGGCGGAAUCAAUCCAUCUCCUGACCAGAUGAACGCAUCGUCAGUCAACCAAACUCCAUCUCACAACUCACAACCACCACCACCAUCACCACUUCCCGCCAUUCCAGUUGUCGGUCCUGAUGCAGGCGGAAUCAAUCCAUCUCCUGACCAGAUGAACGCAUCGUCAGUCAACCAAACUCCAUCUCACAACUCACAACCACCACCACCAUCACCACUUCCCGCCAUUCCAGUUGUCGGUCCUGAUGCAGGCGUCAUCAAUCCAUCUCCUGACCAGAUGAACACAUCGUCAGUCGAACAACCACCAUCUCACAACUCACAACCACCACCACCAUCACCACUUCCCGCCAUUCCAGUUGUCGGUCCUGAUGCAGGCGGAAUCAAUCCAUCUCCUGACCAGAUGAAUGCAUCGUCAGUCGACCAAACUCCAUCCCACAACUCACAACCACCACCACCAUCACCACUUCCCGCCAUUCCAGUUGUCGGUCCUGAUGCAGGCGGAAUCAAUCCAUCUCCUGACCAGAUGAAUGCAUCGUCAGUCGACCAAACUCCAUCCCACAACUCACAACCACCACCACCAUCACCACUUCCCGCCAUUCCAGUUGUCGGUCCUGAUGCAGGCGUCAUCAAUCCAUCUCCUGACCAGAUGAACACAUCGUCAGUCGAACAACCACCAUCUCACAACUCACAACCACCACCACCAUCACCACUUCCCGCCAUUCCAGUUGUCGGUCCUGAUGCAGGCGGAAUCAAUCCAUCUCCUGACCAGAUGAAUGCAUCGUCAGUCGACCAAACUCCAUCCCACAACUCACAACCACCACCACCAUCACCACUUCCCGCCAUUCCAGUUGUCGGUCCUGAUGCAGGCGGAAUCAAUCCAUCUCCUGACCAGAUGAACGCAUCGUCAGUCAACCAAACUCCAUCUCACAACUCACAACCACCACCACCAUCACCACUUCCCGCCAUUCCAGUUGUCGGUCCUGAUGCAGGCGGAAUCAAUCCAUCUCCUGACCAGAUGAACGCAUCGUCAGUCAACCAAACUCCAUCUCACAACUCACAACCACCACCACCAUCACCACUUCCCGCCAUUCCAGUUGUCGGUCCUGAUGCAGGCGGAAUCAAUCCAUCUCCUGACCAGAUGAACACAUCGUCAGUCGAACAACCACCAUCUCACAACUCACAACCACCACCACCAUCACCACUUCCCGCCAUUCCAGUUGUCGGUCCUGAUGCAGGCGUCAUCAAUCCAUCUCCUGACCAGAUGAACGCAUCGUCAGUCGACCAAACUCCAUCCCACAACUCACAACUACCAGCACCUUCUUCUGAUAAUUCUCUGCAAAAUUCUUUUCUGAAUAAGACAUUUUCUGUUGUGUCUGUCGUAAAAAACAUCUCAAAUCUUUCGAAUUAUGACACUUACGUAGUUGUAUUUAGUCGAAUUCGUAAUGAUCACAAUUUUUCUGGUACGCAGUCCUCCUCUGAUACCUCUUCGAAUAGUUCUAUCAGCCAUGUUACGAAUCUUUUUGAUGCUAUUUCAGAUAUUUUCGCAAUCUUUGUAUACUUUUUCUCCGAUAAUAAAAUUAAUGAUGGUUUAAUUAAUUCCUUCAGUGGUAUGAGAGACGAUAAAUGUUCUACUGAAGAAUGUCAUCAGUUGCGAGAUCAUUUGAUUUCUUCAUUUCAAUGGAAUAAAGCAAUUAUAGUGGAUCUUCAUAAAUCAUGUAAGAAUUCUAGCUUACUAACAGAAAGAAAUUCUCAUUUUAUCAACUUGUUCAGAAGUUUCUGUGACAACUACUUUUCAUUUUGA